GUGAUCACCAACAAGAAGGCAAAAGCAGACCUCAAACACAAAGCAAACCGAGCAAUGGCCAUCUCCAUCUCCUUCAGCCAGCAGCUCCACUCUCCAAGAGACCAACUUCUUUCUUCGUCAUCUCAGCCGAGCAAUUGCCGUCGCCUUUUCUUUAAGUUCUCACCGUUAUCUCCUCCUCUGGGACACACCUCACUGAGCUCCCGGCUGCAUUGCUUAUCUUCUGCUGUUCCUCGGAAGUAUUUGCAAGGAGAGGAUUUGGAGGAGGAGCUGAUAAGUACAAUAGGAGAGGAACUGUCUUCAUUUGAGAUAGGAUCAACAGAGUCUCUUCAUGAAUCUCUUCAGUUGGUGGACUUGAUACAAAGGCUUGGGAUCCAAAGAUUUUUCGAACAUAAAAUCGACCGAAUCCUCAAAUCAGCUUACAUGCAAUGGCAUGACAAAAAUGGACUUAUUGAUGCGAAUGUCACAGUCCUUGGAUUUCGUCUCCUUCGACUUCAGGGUUACCAUGUACAAGGAGCGGGGGGCUUCACAGACACAGAAGAUGUCUAUACAAGAGUGGAGAAUAACAACACUGGAUAA